UGCAGAAUAUUAGUCAGGCAGGCAAGGUGAUCUCCGCCCCCCUCUCCCCCGCUGCAGUGGUACAGUCCAUUCUGCCGCCGCCGCCGCCGCGCGCGCACCCUCACAUCUUCUUGGGGCGUCCCCGGGGAAGGCGCGUGCCUGCGUGUGAACGGGUCUGACUGUCCGCUGUCCGAAUCCGUGUUUUGGGUUGUCCCCCGGCUUCCCUGCCCGUGGGGACGCGUCCCCGUGGCCCUUGCCACCUUCGGCAGCUCGUUGGCAAAGCCCCGGUGCCCACCGAACAGAGGAAGCGGGCACCCCGCUGCGUUGGCAGGGCAUGAGCGGACGGUGGGUUCCUGUGCCAACUCCUGAACGGUGACAGGAUGAAGGAAAUGCUUCUAGCCGCGCUGCUCCUCGCCGUGUCAGCCAGCUGGGCGGCCCCAAAGGAUGGCACUAACAGGUCUGAUCCCCUCCCACCCAUCCCGAACCCCCUCGACCCAGGGCAGGAGUCUGCGAGGUUGAUACAGGACUACCUGAAGAGCGUUGGGCAAGAGGAUGGGAAGCCCAGCGCCAUAAGCAGGAGGCAGGCUCUGUUGCUCCUCUUCGCCCUCCAUGACUACGACAAGAGUGGACGGCUGGACGGGCUGGAGUUCAUGAGGCUGCUGAGCGAGAUGCCCUCCCAGAGAGACAGGGGGCGCUCUGUGCUGGACUCGGUGGUGCUGAUGGUGGACAACAUCCUGGCGACUCAGGACCUGAACCACGAUGGGCUGCUGGAGCCCUCAGAGCUGCUUCAGGGGCCCUGGCACAGCCAGACCCCCACCCUCCUUGCUGCCCCCAAUGGAGAAGAGGGCAGCGUGCUGCGGGACUCCCCUGAACCUGACGGACAAGGCGUCGGCCACCCGGAUCCCCUUGGCCAACAAGGCACCGCGUCAGACCAGGGCGUGGUGGAGGCCCCCUCGCUGAGCCCCCCGGCACACAAUCAGGAGGGGGCACCGGGGCAAGGAGCAGCGGCUGAUGCAACUCAGCUACAGGAGCCUGGGGAGCCGCUCAUGCCAGGAGACUGAAACACCCCCCCCCCAAGGAAGGGGAACCAGCGGAGGAGGACUGAAAAGCAGAGGCUGCGCAGGAUGGCAAAGCUGACUCUGUCCACCCAUCCCAUAAAACCAUAGUUGGAAGGGGCACCGAGGGUCAACCUCCAGCAACGCAGGAAUCACAACUAAAG